GACACAGUGCAGAGGUUAUUCAGAGGUGCCAGCAAAUACAAGGUGACAGGCACAGAGGAACAAAGGAGGCUCUUGAAGAUUUGUUGGUAAACCAAAAUGGUGAAGAACAGAAAGAUGGCAGUAGGUCAUCAUGAGCACUGCGACAAGUGCUACAGUGUCCACUGCCAAGUCCCAGUGCAGACCUCUGUCUCAUGCAUGGUCAUCAAGUGCAGAAAAAACUGUGGCGCCACCCUCCAUAUGUGCAAGCAAGAGGAGCACCAGCUCCUCUGUCCAAAUGAGACAGUCCCCUGCCUCAACGUCAACUAUGGCUGUCCUCUCACCAUGCUGCGCCACAGGCUGGCUAAACACCUGGAGGUCUGUCCUGCCAGUGUGGUCUGCUGCUCUCAGGAGUGGAACCGCUGGCCUGUUUCUGAGGCUGAUUUGACGUUCUAUAGAAAUGUUUCAGAUAUCCCUCAAACCGAGCUACAACUCGAUGUUGCAAUGGCUCUAAGGGACCAAGAGCUUCUGUUUAGAUCCAUAAAAAUGAAGAGUAUUUUUCCUGAGCUGAUGAUGGAGGAUCCUUCCCUCCAGGAUAUUACUGCUGGGUUCAACUGUCCUGAAGAGGAAGCAGCCUGCUCUUUAGACUGUGGUGAAUUUAGAGAAAACGGCUGUGCAAGGAUGGAGGAAAAAGAACUCAGUCAAGAGGAGCGGGAUGUUCUGGCAAAGAGCAGGGACGUGGAGAGUAUUCAGAACUACAGCUCCUGGGAGAAGAUAUUCACGAAGGAGAUGGAGGGAUGCAAGCAAACUGUCAAAAACCUGAGUAAGAAGCAAGAGAAAGGGAAGGAAAAGGAGGAACAAGAAUCAUCAAACUGUCAGGGAGAAAGAAGAGACUCACACCUGAAACAAGAAAAUGCUGUUGCUGCUACAAGCAUGGAUGGUGCAACUGGUCUUGCGCCAUGGCAAGAUGGCGUCCUUGAGAGGUUGGGCAAAGAAGUCAACAUUGCAGAAUAUAACAUGUAUCUGGUGCACAAUGGGGCAAUGUUGAUCAACUUUGGCCAACUUGCAGCUUGCACCCCGAGAGAGAAAGAUUUUGUUUACGGGAACCUGGAACCCAUCGAGGUCAAAACCAUCCGCUCGUUUAAUGUUCCCACCAGCUAUCGAGCAAAGCGCAGUCAUCUGAAGGACCCUACACACCAAGCCAAGACUGUACACCAGAGUGUUGACACCGCAGAUUUGGGCGUGCCAGUCGAGGACCUUCCUAAGUCUGACGAGGUUAGCACCACACUUCUGUGCUCCCUGGAAAAGGAACUGAAAGGACAUUUGAUCUCAGAGAGCACAGCAAUAGAUGGGUUUUAUGUCGAUAUAGGAACUCAAACAUACAACUUUUGCUCUGCUCCAUUCAAAACAGAUGCAUCCCUCGCUGAUGUAAUCGCAGACAAACCUCAUGGUCUUUAUGUGCAUGUUGAAGCAGAGUCUGUCACCAGAAGACAUAACAAAACAAGCUCAGCCUUCAGCUACAUGUGUGGCCACUUCUUUCGCCGUGACGAAUACCGCUCUCAUUUCAGGAAUGUGCACUCUGACAUACAGGCCUCUCUGAGUGGCUGGUUACAGCAGCGCUGCCCCUUAGCAUACCUCGGCUGUACUUUCGCCCAGACAAGGUUUCAGCCCGCAGGUCACCAAGCCACAAUCAAAUUCUGCCAAGAUGUCAGCACCUUUGUCCUCCAGCCACAAGUCGCUUCAUCCCUCUGUGAAGGCGGGAAAACCCUCAGCCCUCAGAGGAAUGGUGCACAUAAUCUGGAUCCCCUGAGCAGACUGCCUCUGGAAAUUCUUCAGCACAUUGCAGGUUACCUUGACAGUUUUACAUUAUCUCAGCUGUCUCAGGUCUCCCAUCUGAUGAGAGAGGUGUGCGCCACGUUGUUGCAGGAGAGAGGGAUGGUCUCCCUCAAGUGGGAGAAAAAGACAUAUUCUCAUGGGGGAAGCUCCUGGCGAUGCCGAAAGAAAGUUUGGGAGUUCAGCUCUCUGUUUUCCUCUGUGGACAGAUGGAGCUUCAGCAAUAUUCCUUCUAUGUCAGAUCACCUGAAAACCUGCUCCUUCUACCAGAGAGAGGAACGCACUGAGCCGGUGGUUUUAGCCUGUCUGGGAGAGGUCAGAGACAAACAUGGAGAAGUAAAGCAUAAGAGAUAACGCUCAUGGCCCCGGGGUCAGUGGCACGACAGCAUCACAAGCAGUGCCAUGUUAAGAAUCACUCAGACGUGAUAUGUAUGCACCCACAAAACUGCAAAGUGGAUAAAGCCUCUGCAUAUGCAGCUACUGUAUAGAAACAGAGGGGAAUACAGAGAUCUUGUGUGAUGAAGCCUUGCGGACAGAUACUAUAUAUGUGAAGAAACUGCAGUUUUUUGAAGAAUUGUGUGAUUUACACAUCUUUUAUUUAACAUCUCCACAAAUCAUUUUGCCGGUAGGCAGACAAUACAAGAUAGAUCUAUCUAUACAGUGCUUUAGACCCUAGAACACUAACGUUGGGUGAUUUUCAGCCAUGCAAUUGUGUUCAUGAUUUUCACUGUGUUGCCGCUGUCUGAGUUGCGUGGGUCCUUGGGUUCAGGGUGCUCACUGACAUCAUUGAAGUUAGUCGUGUUUCCCUGCUCCCAUCCCUAUUUUUUUCUACAGGCACGCAUUUCGAGUGAUUUUCACCCUACGUUAGUGAUUGUGUAUUAAAUCAAGGGUAACAACUUUCAGGCCUGCCAUAUUAAUUGCCCCAUAUCAUGCACAACUAUCAUCCUGUCACAGGCUCGGUGACUCUGGCAUGCCAACAAAUGAGUAAAACAUUGCUAAAGUUUGUUUAUUUUGGCAAUAAUUAGGUACGCAGAGUUCUUCUUUGAUAGUAGAGCUAAGUUAUUUAGCUAGCUACUUUGUUAAUCUCUCCCAGAGUUAUCAGUGAUUCAGGGAGACUGUAACUUUACAGGACAAGGCUCACAUGUCCCAAGAACAGUUGGACCAAAGAACAAGUUCCCAGCUCCAUUAUUAUUAUUAUUAUUAUUAUUAUUAUUAUUUUAGGAUUUUUUUGUUAAUGACUAAUGGCUAAUUUUUCAUUCAUUUUAGAGCCUUUUUAUAAGGACCCCCCCAUGAUACCUUUUUUUUUUUUCAUUUUAUGAGAUGUUGUAUAGAUGGAAAUGAAAAAAAGAGUACUUCAAUUUGCCAUGUAUUGUUGUGUUUAUUACAUCGGGUAAAAUAUACCCAAUGUUAGUGAUGGUGUUACAAAAGUGAACGUUAGUGUUCUAGGGUUAAAGGUUUACUUGGGGGAAGAUUCUUCAAAUAAUCCCCCUGAGGACACUGAAUUGGAGUUUGAGAGUGGUCCUCAUAACCUGAGAUAUCAAUUAAUUUGCCUUUGUUUACCAUGUUGAGCAGACUAGUGUUGUUUCUUCCAUCCUUCUUCAUUUCUUAUGGUGAAAAACAUUAGUUUAAAAAAAUUUAGAGCAGCAAGGCGUUACUGAUGUUGACUGUUUUUCAACAUGACAAGACUGACAUCUACUGGAUAAAAGCUGAAGUGCCUCAUGAGCGUGGAAUGGUGACACAUCACACACCAUGAAAUGAGUUUGAUAUUUUAAUGUUGAACAUGAUAUCACAUGUCCCAUAUGUCACAUAAGAUUAAAUACAGCAAUGAAUGCUUUGUUUUUAAUGUAGACUCUCUUUGUUGAAGAUAAUGAGAGGACUGUGAUCUAUGUGUGUCACUGACAUUAUACUAUAAUAAAUCUGACUUGCAGUCUG